AUGGCUGCACCACCUCCGCCUACUCUCAACCCGGCACGCAUGCUGCAUAAUUCCGAUGAAUUUAGUCCUGUCCUUUGGAAUCUGUCGCCCCAGCUUGUCUCAACAAUCGCUCAGCACCUACAUAGUAUACAUCCUGAUCCCAGUAGCGACUGGGAGCUGAAACCUUUCGAUGCCUUGCUUUUGUCGGGUAACUGGACCGAGAUCAACUUUGGACAUUGCCAGGCCGUUCUCCAUUGCGCCCUGCGGUACAUUACAACAAGAAUUGCUACAGCAAAGCUUAAACCCUUGACUGCUCUAUCUGAUCCGACAGUAUUGUCCUGGAUGAAUAUCAAGGCAGUAUCAGUGCACAUCAAACCCUACCUCGAGACAAAGAAGAUAACAUACUCCUGCCAUCAUGAAAGCUACUUUGACGAACGCCCAUUUCUGUCAGAGGCUUUGAUGCACGUCCCGAAGAAUAUUAUAACUCUGUUGACCCAGCUGUCUCCGCUUAACUACGUCAGUCUUGAUCUUAGGCACAUGACCAGAGCACAGGAUGUCGUCUUCUAUAAACAUUUUGCCGGUCCGUCCGGUAGGCAUCAUCAGGUCGAGAUAGGCCUGCUGCGCCUGUCCUGCCCGGAUUUCCUCUCCGGGAUCAUAAUCCACUGGGUCAAGCCGACGGCUUUGUACGGCCUGCAGAUAGACACGGGCCUGGAAGGGGCCGCAUAUUUGCACGGGGCCGUAUUGAUGAGAAACACUCUGAAGAGGCUCGCCAUCCGGCUCACUUCGAAAGAGCUCGCACUUCUGGACCCUCGCCAUCCGAAAGAGUACGAUCGGGCUUUCUUUCCUAUUACAUCCCGAGUUUUAAGCAUAAUUCUUGGCCAUUUUCCGCUCCUCACAUGGCUCACCGUUGAUGUUGCCGCGUCCAUUGAGGAACCUUGGGUGGGAGAUCUGGAGCUUCCGAUGGAGCAUGCAAACAAUCAUUCGCUUCAAAUCCAUCCCAAAGUCGAGGCUACCGUAGUGGAAAUAGCCAAGGUUCUCAACGGAUGCAAAUCUCUACGUCGCGUGGCGUUGACCUGGCGUGGCGGCCGCUCUGACUGGCUCAUGUGCUCCUCGACGCACCCAUACCGCACGCGGAACUUUAUGACCCUGAUUCAGGCGCUCUUUCGGGCUUGCCCGGGGCUUGAGGGGAUCGCUUUUUUGACAGAGUACAUGUCCUACUACUCAGGCCUAAGGCAGAAUGACGGCUCCAUGAUGUUCAAGGUUGGAAGCUCGGGUAUGGACAGACCUGGGGAGUGGCCGGCGGGCCUCCGGGGACCGCUGGACUAUUCCGAGGGCGUUGUGCAGGACACCUCGGCUCCCGAUAGAGUCCCGAGCACAGAUAGCAGUACCAGUGCCAAUGUAGUGCCGAAUGGAGGACGAGUUGAUCGGAAUGCUGUGAGCUAUGAAAGAUUGGUCGCGGCGAGACACGGCGCGUCUGAUCGGAUUGCUGGGCAGAUGUUUGAAAAGGGGGCAGUGAAUAUGCAAGCGUAUGAAGAGAACUUGAUCAAGUGGCUAUACAGCGGAAGGCCAGGAUUUGGAUUGCAGCCGCAGGCGACGGUGUCAGCUCAAUGGAUUCCUCCACUGCCCACUGCCAGGAAAACAUCGGAUGGCCUUCAAACCACUAGCGGGACGCAAAAAGAGGAGCAGGAAUAA